AUGACGGAAGAAUAUAACCAUCACAUGGACGGAAAGCGGGACGACGACGGCGGGGCUGUAGAGUAUAGCGAAGACCUCCGUGACGGGGAUGGCGAUCCCGGGGAGGACGGGUACGACGAUGACGGGUCUGGCGAGCCUUUAGAGCCGGAAAUUGUGGGAGUUCCGACGUAUGACGGGGCGUACACGCAGUAUGACAUUUACGGAAAUAUGUUCGAGGUUACUGCAAAGUAUGUGCCGCCUAUUCGGCCAAUCGGGCGUGGAGCCUACGGAAUUGUGUGCUCGGCCAUCAACUCGGAGACUCAGGAGGAGGUGGCGAUCAAGAAGAUCGCCAAUGCCUUUGACAACCGGAUCGACGCCAAGAGAACGCUGAGGGAAAUCAAGCUGCUGCGACACAUGGACCACGAGAACGUGGUGGCCAUCAGGGACAUCAUCCCCCCUCCAGCGCGCGACACCUUUAAUGAUGUCUACAUCGUGUACGAGCUCAUGGACACUGACCUGCACCAGAUCAUCCGGUCUAACCAGCAGCUGACGGAAGACCACUGUCAGGUGUGUGUACAACACUCUGGCCCUGGGUGUACACUGUAA